AUGGACCUCGACCGCGAACUCUCCACGCUGGACCCCGCGGUUGGUUUCCGCGCUUCCGCCGACCAUCUGCAUCACACUUGGGCUAAGACGUUCUACUCGCGCCCUGAAUUGUAUAUCCGGCCGCAAUCAAUCGCUGAAAUCCAGAAGCUGGUGACGCUGGCUCGUCGAUGCCGUCGUCGCCUGGUCACAGUCGGCAGCGGUCAUUCGCCGUCCGACUUGACCUGCACUUCUUCGUGGUUGGUCAAUCUCGACGAUUUCAAUCGCGUUCUACACAUUGACCGCGAGACACAUGUUGUAACGGUCGAGGCUGGGAUACGGUUGAGGGAUCUCGGUCGGCGAUUGGAGGAACAUGGUUUGACGUUGUCGAAUCUAGGCAGCAUUGACAGCCAGUCUAUUGCCGGUGUCAUUGCGACGGGGACCCAUGGAAGCUCCCUGCGGCAUGGUCUGAUCUCAGAAUGUAUCAUUUCGCUGACUCUGAUGUUGGCGAACGGGCAGCUGGUGCGCUGUAGUGCAACCAGCAACCCGGAUCUUUUCCGCGCGGCCUUGAUCUCUCUCGGCGCAUUGGGUAUCAUUGUCGAGGUCACUUUGCAGGCUGAACCGACGUUCAAGGUUGCUUGGAGACAGACGCGACGACCGCUGUCCAGCGUUCUGGCCGAGUGGUCCUCCGGUCUAUGGACUACACAUGAGUUUGUGCGUGUCUGGUGGAUGCCGUAUGAGAAGAGUGCGAUUGUCUGGCAUGCGGACAAGACCGAUCUGCCACUGCGGAAACCUCCCAAGACUUUCUAUGGGGAGUGGAUCGGUUAUCAUAUCUACCAUAACCUGUUAGCACUCUCCAACUAUUUCCCCCGUAUCCUUCCCUGGGUAGAAUGGUUUGUCUUUGGCUUGCAGUAUGGGUUCAAGGCGGAGAAGACGGUGACGGAAGCCGUAGAGCCUGCCCGUGAGGGGCUUUUGAUGAACUGUUUGUACUCACAAUUUGUCAAUGAAUGGGCACUUCCUCUUGCGAAGGGCCCGGAAGCGAUCACGCGCCUGUCAGCCUGGCUUCAUGGCGAUAUGGAGACCGCUCGUAUCCCAUUCUCGGUUGAUGGGCUGUGGGUGCACUGCCCCGUUGAAGUCAGAGUCGCAGAUUCCACCUAUCUGGGAAAACCUCGCCCUUUCCUCGACCCCACGUACCGCGAUGGGCCUACUUUGUAUCUCAAUGCGACUCUCUAUCGUCCAUACCUUCGGGAUCCCCCAUGUAAGGAUCGCUACUACGAAGCGUUCGAGUGGCUCAUGCGGGAGUUGGGCGCGAAGCCACACUGGGCCAAGAACUUCAAAACAGGACGCAAGGAGCUGCAUGAGCUCUACGGCAAGGACAUGGAUGAGUGGCUGAGAGUGCGGAAGGAAGUAGAUCCUGACGGCAUGUUCCUCGGAGAAUGGCAUCAUCGCCACCUACCCUUGUCUGGCGACGAGAAAGAGACAGAGUCUGCCGGCCCAACCGUUCUCCCGCUCUCGGAGCGCGAACAGCUCCGUCGCCGGGUAGAUAUUCGUGGAGCUGGUGAUGGUCUCGAAUGGAUUGGAGAUAAGCGGUGGCAGGCGGCUUCAGGGCGUCCAGCUGCUACCCUGUCGAAUCUCGAAGAGAAGAAUCUGGACGAUGUAUCAGUUUCGAGUCCUCCUAUGACAGCCACCAGCGAGGAAAGUUUUGACUUGCUCGCUGCUGGUGAGGCAAGUGUUGUGCUUCCAGGUGACCACUCGUAA